AUGAGCGUCGGGGUCGCGCGGGCCGCUUGGGCGCGCGGCUGGGGUGCCGGGUGGCGCGGCGGCGCCGUGGACGUGGCGGCGCUGCUGCGGGACGCGACAGCGGCGGAGGAGCCCCGGGCCGCGGCGGCGCGGCGGGAGCCGGGCCAGUGCUCCGUGCUGCUCUUCCCCGGCCAGGGUAGCCAGCAGGUGGGCAUGGGCCGCGGGCUGCUCGGCUUCCCGCGCGUCCGCGAGCUCUACGACGCCGCCCGCCGCGUGCUGGGCUACGACCUGCUGGCGCUGAGCCUGCACGGGCCGCAGGAGGACCUGGACCGCACCGUGCACUGCCAGCCCGCCAUCUUCGUGGCCUCGCUGGCCGCCGUGGAGAAACUCCACCACCUGCAGCCGGAGGUGAUCGAGAACUGUGUGGCCGCCGCUGGAUUCAGUGUGGGAGAAUUUGCAGCCCUGGUGUUUGCUGGAGCCAUGGACUUCUCUGAAGGUCUGUACGCAGUGAAGAUCCGCGCGGAGGCCAUGCAGGAGGCUUCCGAAGCUGUCCCCAGCGGGAUGCUGUCGGUGCUCGGUCAGCGCCAGUCCAAGUUCCCCCUCGCCUGCGCGGACGCCCGGGAGCACUGCAGGUCUCUGGGCAUAGAGGAGCCCGUGUGCGAGGUGUCCAACUACCUCUUCCCUGACUGCAGGGUGGUCGCAGGACACCUGGAGGCGCUGCACUUCCUGCAGAGGAACGCCGCUCGCUACCACUUCCGGCGCACCAAGAUGUUGCCGGUCAGCGGUGGCUUCCACACGCGCCUCAUGGAGCCGGCGCUGGAGCCGCUGGCGCAGGUGUUGAAGACCGUCGACAUUAAGAAGCCGCUGGUGUCCGUGCACUCCAACGUCACUGGGCACAGGUACGCGCACCCCAGGCACAUCCGGAAGCUGCUGCUGCAGCAGGUGGUCUCCCCGGUGAGGUGGGAGCAGACGAUGCACGCCAUAUACGAGCGGAAGAGGGGCACCGAGUUCCCCAGGACGUUCGAAGUAGGCCCUGGGCAGCAGCUGGGAGCCAUCCUGAAGAGCUGUAACCUGCAGGCCUGGAAGUCCUACAGCUCUGUGGACGUGCUGCAGGCCAGCGAGGACCCCGGCCCGGACCCCGUGGAGCCCCUGCGGUGACCGCCAGGGCCUCUGGUGGGCUGUGCCAGCCUGCCCGCUCUCCUCACCGGCCUCUCGGCGGCGGAGGCGUUUGCAGAGUGAUGGUGUGCCAGGUGCUUUGGAUGCCACGCCGUGAGGCACGCACACGAGUGGGCUUUGCACACCCAGUCGCUCUCCCCCUUGAGAAGUGUUUGUCUGCCAGGGCGGCGGCCAUGCUGCUUGUGGGGGAGCCCAGACUCAAGCCUGGCCAGCGCCCGAGGGGCUCCUCCAUGCCUGCGGCCCACCAUCCCUGGGCCCCGGGUCCAGGCGGCCUUAUGGCCUCUCAGCUGCACUCGAUAGCCGGGAGAGCAAGUCCAAUUACUCACGGGCCAGAGUUUGUGGUGGUGGAAA